UUUUGUUUCUUCUGAGCUGCUCACCCACAAACAAAGACGCAGCUGUCACUUUUUUCAUUCAUCCGAACGUUGUGCGACGGUCGGCACAAACACAAACGACCCCUUUGCUGUUGUAAACAUCCGCCGAGUCGCGAAUAUAGUAAUCGGUCGUCCGUCGGAAUCGGAAUCAGUAGUGGAUCGCCGAGAAUCACGAAGACCAAUCGUCAUCGUCGUCCGUCACAUAAAAACCGGGAGAGUGCCAUCACUGUGCUACUGACUGCUGACUCGUCUGCUCUGGGUCUGGCUGGUGUAAAAGUAAAGACGACACUGCUGGUCCGAUCGGUUGUUGGUCCGUCGUAGCUGCGUUCCGUCACCGCAACAGAACGAGGAAGGUGGUGCGGGACUUUUCUUUUUCCGCGACGGAUUGUGCAGCCAGCAGCACAUUCCGAGAGUGUCGUCGGUUCUUCGUUUCUGGCCAGUAGUGGCCGCGCCGCUGGUGUAACAUAUUGGAUUGUCAGUGCGACGACGGUGAGAAACUUAUGACCAGUUUGGGAACAAAGUCGUCGCCUCCGAGGGUCGUUGUGUGUUUGCAGAAGAAGAGAGUUUUUUCUCGAGUGUCAAGAGCCGCCGUGGAGCUAUCCGCUUGCUUGUAACUACUUGGAGUGGAGAAGGUUUACCUUGGAAGAAUAGUGAAGUUUUGUUUCUCUGUUUGUUUGGUCGUCGCCCGUCGCCGCCAGCCGCCGCCGAGAACGAAGAGAACCGGGGUCGUCGGCAGAAAAAUCUUAUUGUUUUCUCAAGUGGUGCUUUAUCAUAAAUUCUCGGAAAGAAAACCGUAGGGCUGUGUUGUGUGUGGGAUCGAAGUGCGGAGGGGUGCUGCGGGGGAAAAGACGCAAGGCGGGAGGAGCUUUAUGACCAUUCUAGGCCCCAGUCCGCAGCGCAGCAGUGGAAUCCGCUUACAUAGUAGCUGAGCGGCGUCGUCGGAGAGCUUCUACAAAGUUACACUCGGAGACGCCUCUGCCGACUGAAGCCUGAUUGUGGAGCUGCCUGCUGGAGGACGGGGCGCGAAACGAAGAAGGGUUCUGUGUGAUAGCACACACGGAAUCAAAUCAGUUCUACCCACCCAGAGAGCAACGGGAAGAAGCUCUCGCUUCCGAAAGCCGAGGCCGGGGCGGGCAAUAUCGCACCAAACAACCAACAGUCGUCAGUGCAGUGUUCUUCAAAGCAGAAGCAUCAUUUGAGCUUCGGAAGCGAGCAGCACCAGCCAGCAGCGAAUUGGCAGUUCCAGUUAUAUCAACAAAGCGGCCCGGCAGCCCCGCGCGUCACUUCGUCGCUGGGAGAUUUCUGCUUGGAAGCAUGUGCUAAUAGAUUUAACACUCGCGCGCUCGCCGCUGCCACCGCGCGCUGCGCUGCUGGAAGAGUGUAAUUUUGAGUUUUGAGUCGUCGUCGUGUCAGUGCGGCUGAGAGCGCGGUACGCUACGCACGUGGUUUUUCGUUUAUUUCGGAUUGGGUCAGGUCCGUUGGGGAUGGAGUGCGAAGCCGGUCGUCGCGCUAUUAGAACACCCGUUAAUCGCAUUCAUUACAAGUGGUACUGUGGCUGCUGCUAAGCAGUGAAGAAGGUUCAGUGGAAGAAGAAGAAAUAGAAGAAAAGUGUUCUGGUUUAGUUCAAUUUCCCAAAAUUUUGAAGUGAAUCUAAUCUGGAAUCAAGAAGUGUGGGAUACAGUGAACCACAAGUAAGAAGAGAAGAAGAGUUCGCACAAGUUUGGGGGUCUUCGCGACCAAAUGGAGGUUCCUUGGGGAAAUCCACGGCAGUCUGAUCAUCAUUCCACAGCGAGCAACAAUUGCAAACCAAUCGUCGCAGUUCCCCCUAAUCAUCGUUGUCUGCGGCAUCGUCGUCGUCGGAUGAGCAAAUAUCAAAACGAGAACGUUAAUGAAUGUACACAGCAAAAAGUAGUCAAUGAACUUUGGAGAACUGGCACAUCAGUAAACUAGGAGAAUUUAUUGAUUCCCGGUACAAUCACACAUAUCUCCUCUUGGUCGUCGUCGGUGAGCAGCGCAAGCAAACGGCACAAACAAGCUCGCGCAACAACCAGUAACCAGAGUAGUUAAACCAUAAAACACAAAAAAAAGAAACAACCAAAGACUGCGAAUCCCCCCAAGGCGGCCUGUAGUACCGCGUAGAUAUAGAACAACAACGUAGCACAAUGCGAUACAUGAUGCGCAACCGGAAGCUGCUGGUGGCGGCCUGUUUCGGCUGUGCCCUUCUGCUGAUCCUGCUGCUGAAGGAUUCGGAACUGGGAGCGAGGUGUUUACGGGGGGCGGCAUCCACCGGAGCAAUGAUAAGGGGCGAAACGGGUCCCGAAGGGGGCGAAAGAGGAGCAGGUGAUGGCGAGAGGGGAGACAGAAACUAUCGCUACCAUCGGAAUAUGCCGCUGAUUUUCAUCGGGGGAGUGCCCCGUUCGGGGACGACCCUGAUGAGGGCGAUGCUGGAUGCACAUCCGGAAGUGAGAUGUGGCCAGGAAACUCGUGUCAUUCCGCGAAUACUGCAGCUCCGGUCCCACUGGAUGAAGUCGGAGAAGGAAUCGGUCCGGCUGGUGGAGGCCGGAAUUACCAAGGAGGUGCUCAAUGGGGCGAUCGCACAGUUCUGCUUGGAGAUCAUCGCCAAGCAUGGGGAUCCGGCGCCUCGGUUGUGCAACAAGGAUCCACUGACGCUCAAGAUGGGCACGUACGUGAUCGAGCUGUUCCCGGAGGCUAAAUUCCUCUUCAUGGUGCGGGACGGUCGCGCAACGGUACAUUCCAUCAUCUCUCGUAAGGUCACCAUCACCGGAUUCGACCUGUCGAACUACCGGCAGUGUAUGACCAAGUGGAACCAGGCGAUCCAAACCAUGCACGACCAGUGCAAGGAGAUCGGCAAGGAACGCUGCAUGAUGGUGUACUACGAACAGCUGGUCCUCCAUCCGGAGGAGUGGAUGCGAAAGAUCCUGCACUUCCUGGACAUUCCCUGGAACGACUCGGUGCUGCACCACGAGGAGUUCAUCAACAAGGAGAACGGGGUGGCGCUGUCCAAGGUGGAACGAUCGUCCGAUCAGGUGAUCAAGCCGGUCAACCUGGAGGCGCUCUCAAAGUGGGUGGAUCACAUACCGGAGGAUGUGGUCCGGGAUAUGGCAGAGAUCGCACCGAUGCUGUCGGUGCUGGGGUACGAUCCGUACGCCAAUCCACCGGACUACGGCAAGCCGGACUCGUACGUGCAGGAGAAUACUUACAAGGUCCAGGCGAAUCCGCAAAUGUGGGAACACAAGGUGAAGGAGCUACUUAAUCGGGACGAAAACCCACCACCCAAAGCGAACAACAACAACAACAACAACAACAACAACAACAACAACGAGGACGAAGAUGACUAUGGCAAUAAUAAGGAACGUAAAACGUGAUAUUAGAAAAUUUUAGCAUACUUUUCAAUCAAUCAACCAGCGCAACCAGCGACCCUCUAUUCUUAGGGGACAAGUAUCGGACAAAAUCUGGUUCGAGUCCGGCUGCUGAGUGUUGUUCCAGAGCACAACGAGAUGUUAUAGCGCAACUGUGUGCAAACAGAAAUGAGCGAGCUUUUUUAGUUAAAUUUGUUAAUUCCUAUUAGUUUUGUGCGUACAAUCGUGACAUAGAUUUUUUUUAAAGCUGAACCAUCAUCGCAUCGCCAAAGCUGCCACCGUCGUCACCACCGUCGCUGUCUAGUACAUAAAACAAAGAAUACAAGCUAUGGGCAACGAUGCGAUUUAUGUGUCGAUAAGCGAAUCAUCAGCAAGAAAAGCACUUUUUAAAGAAAUCAAGACAAACCAAGCUAAUCGUAGACAGCAAACUAAUAUAAAUUAUUAUUUUACAAAAAAAAAUCAACGUACAAGCAAAUCCUGUACUCGAUACGUUCAGCGUAUCGAACGAAUGCAACCAAAACUGUGACUAGGUGUGUUUGUUGUGUAAAUAAUAGUUGUGUAAUGUAUGGUAAAUGAAUGCCGCGCCAGGGUUGCACAUAACUAAUAAUAAUUGUAGAACAAGUCGGAGAAAAAAUGGCCAGAAACGAAGUUUUUAAAUGUGUAUAAAAAAGAGGAAACAGAAAAUCAAAUAAACGAAAAACAAUGCGAUUCAA